GUGAUCGAUUGUUUUAAGUUGAUAUCGUCACAAGGCGAAUUUUCGACCACAACGGUUGAUUUGACGAAUCAGAGCAGUCGAACGUGGUUAGCAACGAAAUUAUUGCUUGCCACAGUUUAUGACUAUUUCAAGGUUUAUGUGGGUUGGGCAGUGGGGCAACCAUUAGAAGACGUACCAGCUGCAAGAGAACAACGAAAAUACCAUUUCAUCUUACAUGACAUUCGCUCGAUUACAUUACCUGAAAUGAUGCGGAAAUUGUUAACACGCGGUGACUUUCGUGCGGCACUUGAACUGGCUGAGCGAUACGAUGUGAUCGAUGUGGACUUUGUUUAUAAAGAGCAGUGGAGACAGAUCGGACUUCAGGCUGAUGAAAACGCCGUUAACGAAGUUUUGGCGUGUGUUCGUGACCACUGUUGGGUGGUUAGUGAAUGUGUGAGUAGUAGAGUGGCUGAUUUGGGCGUGCAUCGUGUGUUGAUUGCAUUGGCACAGAAGUUGACACAGUCGAAUGGAGCAGAUGCACAACGAGCGUUUGUUUUGCAUUGUGCAAGGAUUCUGAGAUUGUUGAACGAUGACGAUACGGAUUCAGUGCAGAUGUACUUCGAUUUGCGGGAUAAGUCACUGUUGGAGGUGGCGAUCUUCUUUGCUCAGGCUCGUUUCAUUCAUUUGUUUUUGUUUCGUUGA